CUCGCUGGCCCUACGGUAUCGCUUGUUUUGCUCUCGCCGCGUAUCCGCCGCUAGCGUUUUACAAUCUUCAGACUCAUUAGCUUCAUUCCACAGCCGACCAUUGCAGUGACAAGAAGUCAGUCCGUCGUUUUCCUCUCCGAGGCCGGAUGGUAAAAUCCAACCUCCAGCGAAUCCUGAAUAGUCAUUGCUUUGCUCGCGAAAAAGAAGGAAAACAACAGUAUCAUACAACCAUGGCUGCUUUAAGUAGUAGUAUUUGUGACAUGAUUGGCAACCUGUCUCUGCACUGUAGCAGUACCCGCGGUCCGGGGCCUCUGUGGUGCUCCGAUGCCCCUCUCCCACCCCUGAAGAUCCCAGGUGGGCGAGGGAAUGGUCAACGGGAUCACACUCCUUCAGCUCGGCCCCUGUACUCUGACAGGAAGCUCACUGUGACCGAGGAGCCGGCGGGGAGUGGACGUCCCAGGAUCCUUCACUUCCAGAGUCAGCCUACUGCGUCCCGGGUCAUCCUCUGGGACGCGGUGCUGAGCGACAACAACCUGUACGUGGAGGUCCCCAGGGAUACCCUCCCUGAGGGCAGCAAGGAGAGCUUUGCAGCCCUCCUGGAGUACGCUGAAGAACAUCUGAAAGUUGUCAGUGUGUUUGUGUGCUUUUACAAGAACAGAGAAGACCGAGCUAAAUUGCUGCGUACCUUCAGUUUUCUGGGCUUUGAGAUUGUGAAACCAGGCCACGCCCUUGUCCCACCUCGACCCGAUGUUUUCUUCAUGGCCUACAACUUUGACAGGGAUUCCUCCGAUGAAGAUUAGUUCCAGCCACCCAGUCCACAGAACCAAACCCAAAUCCCCAUAGUUCAGCCCCUCCCUCAGCCACCCAGUUGCUUACAAGCUUCCACGCUUUUGUGUUCCAAGGAAGCCUAUAGUUCUAGAUGUCAUGGUUAUUUACUUUCUGUUGCUGUUGCCCCUUAUGUUGCUGUUGUCUUACUUUAGAUUUUUUCGUUUGUAUUGGACCCCUACCUGUUACCUCUUGAUUGGCUUUUUCAACAGCUGUGAGCAUAUUGCAGUUCUCAUUGUAACAAUCAGUCAGGUAAUCAAUCAGUAAUUGUUAUAGGAUGAUGCUUAAUUUUCUUGAAUGUAUAAAACCAUCAAUAAUUGUAAAGCAAUUAAUGAUGGUUUUACACUAUAUUGGCUCUUAACUCACUCAAUUAUACAUUUGAAAAUGGCCUUUAAUGCAGUGCAAGUUUUUCAGGCACUUUAAAGCCUAAUAAAAUUGUUUUGUGUGGUAGCUGAUGGUUGCUUUUGUGCUACAGACUCAACUUCUUUCCGCAGACCUAAUAUGUGGUAUGUAAUUGUCUGGAUUAUUCCUAAAAAAAAAUCAAGAUUUAAAUCAAGUGUCAAUACAACUUUGUAUGAAACUGUUUAGCCAGGUUAAAUUGGAGGGAAAUAUGAUUCAUAUAAGUUCUGGCUAUUUGUACAAAACCAAAAGUUCAGCUUUUUUUGUGCAUGUAGUUGGAUAGAAUUGGAAUUCUGAAUUUUCUGCUCUCCACAUUGGAAUUUUGUCUUGCAUUGCCCCCCAAUAUUUCCCCAUUUACCAACAACCUAUAUUUUUGGUUUAUUGAUGUACACCUGCAUAGUGGUACCUUUUAUUGUGCAUCUGUGAUAAUAAAAAUUUGAAAUUACA